AUGGCCGGGCCGGGCUCGCAGCGGCGCGCGUCCCGGGGGGCCUCGGCGCUCCUGACCGCCGCGCUUCUCUAUGCCGCGCUGGGGGACGUGGUGCGCUCGGAGCAGCAGAUCCCGCUCUCCGUGGUGAAGCUCUGGGCCUCUGCUUUUGGGGGAGAGAUAAAAUCUAUUGCCGCUAAGUACUCCGGCUCCCAGCUUCUGCAGAAGAAAUACAAAGAGUAUGAGAAAGACGUUUCCAUAGAAGAAAUCGAUGGUCUCCAACUGGUGAAAAAGCUAGCAAAGAACAUGGAAGAGAUGUUUCACAAGAAGUCUGAAGCAGUGCGGCGUCUGGUGGAGGCUGCAGAGGAAGCACACCUGAAACAUGAAUUUGAUGCAGACUUGCAGUAUGAAUACUUCAAUGCUGUGCUGAUAAAUGAAAGGGACAAAGAUGGGAAUUUUUUGGAGCUGGGGAAGGAAUUCAUCUUAGCCCCAAAUGACCAUUUUAAUAAUUUGCCUGUGAACAUCAGCCUGAGCGACGUUCAAGUGCCAACGAACAUGUACAACAAAGAUCCAGCAAUUGUCAAUGGGGUUUAUUGGUCCGAAUCCCUAAACAAAGUUUUUGUAGAUAACUUUGAUCGUGACCCGAGUCUCAUAUGGCAGUACUUUGGAAGUGCAAAGGGCUUUUUUAGGCAGUAUCCAGGUGAGGAUUAAUGGGAACCAGAUGAGAAUGGAGUCAUUGCCUUUGACUGCAGGAACCGAAAAUGGUACAUCCAGGCAGCGACUUCUCCAAAAGACGUGGUCAUUUUAGUGGAUGUCAGUGGCAGCAUGAAAGGGCUCCGUCUGACGAUCGCAAAGCAAACAGUCUCAUCUAUUUUGGAUACGCUGGGGGAUGACGACUUCUUCAACAUAAUUGCCUAUAACGAGGAGCUUCACUACGUGGAACCUUGCCUGAAUGGAACGUUGGUGCAAGCUGACAGGACAAACAAGGAGCACUUCAGGGAGCAUCUGGACAAACUUUUUGCCAAAGGAAUCGGAAUGCUGGAUAUAGCUCUGAAUGAAGCCUUCAGCAUUCUCAGUGAUUUCAUCCACACUGGACAAGGAAGCAUCUGCAGCCAGGCCAUUAUGCUCAUCACUGAUGGGGCAGUGGACACCUAUGAUACUAUCUUUGCAAAAUACAAUUGGCCAGAUCGAAAGGUUCGCAUCUUCACGUACCUCAUUGGAAGAGAGGCUGCUUUUGCAGACAAUCUCAAGUGGAUGGCCUGUGCCAAUAAAGGAUUUUUCACCCAGAUCUCCACCUUGGCUGAUGUGCAGGAAAAUGUCAUGGAGUACCUCCACGUACUCAGCCGGCCCAAAGUCAUCGACCAGGAGCACGACGUGGUGUGGACUGAAGCGUACAUCGACAGCACUCUCCCUCAGGCACAAAAGCUUGCCAAUGAUCAGGGCCCCGUCCUGAUGACCACGGUCGCCAUGCCUGUGUUUAGUAAGCAGAACGAAACUAGAUCGAAAGGCAUUCUUCUGGGUGUGGUCGGCACAGAUGUCCCAGUGAAAGAACUUCUGAAGACCAUCCCCAAAUACAAGUUAGGGAUUCACGGCUAUGCCUUUGCAAUCACAAAUAAUGGAUAUAUCCUGACGCAUCCAGAACUCAGACCACUGUAUGAAGAAGGGAAGAAGCGGAGGAAACCUAACUACAGUAGUGUUGACCUUUCCGAGGUGGAGUGGGAGGACCGCGAUGAUGUGUUAAGAAAUGCCAUGGUGAAUAGGAAGACGGGGAAGUUUUCCAUGGAGGUGAAGAAGACAGUGGACAAAGGGAAACGGGUUUUGGUGAUGACAAAUGACUACUAUUAUACAGACAUCAAGGGUACUCCUUUCAGUUUAGGUGUGGCGCUCUCUAGAGGCCAUGGGAAAUAUUUCUUCCGAGGGAAUGUAACCAUUGAAGAAGGCCUGCAUGACUUAGAACACCCUGAUGUGUCCUUGGCAGACGAAUGGUCCUACUGCAACACUGACCUACACCCAGAGCACCGUCAUCUGUCUCAACUAGAAGCUAUUAAGCUCUACCUCAAAGGCAAAGAACCUCUGCUCCAAUGUGAUAAAGAAUUGAUACAAGAAGUCCUUUUUGAUGCUGUGGUGAGUGCUCCCAUUGAAGCCUAUUGGACCAGCCUUGCCCUCAACAAAUCUGAGAAUUCUGACAAGGGUGUGGAGGUGGCCUUCCUCGGCACUCGCACGGGCCUCUCAAGAAUCAACCUGUUUGUUGGGGCCGAGCAGCUCACCAAUCAGGACUUCCUGAAAGCUGGAGACAAGGAGAACAUCUUUAAUGCAGACCAUUUCCCUCUCUGGUACCGAAGAGCCGCUGAGCAGAUUCCAGGGAGCUUUGUCUAUUCGAUCCCAUUCAGCACAGGAACAGUCAACAAAAGCAAUGUGGUGACAGCAAGUACCUCCAUCCAGCUCCUGGAUGAACGGAAGUCUCCCGUGGUGGCAGCUGUAGGCAUUCAGAUGAAACUUGAAUUUUUCCAAAGGAAGUUCUGGACUGCCAGCAGACAGUGCGCCUCUCUGGAUGGCAAAUGCUCUAUCAGCUGUGAUGAUGAGACUGUGAACUGUUACCUCAUAGACAAUAAUGGAUUUAUUCUGGUGUCUGAAGACUACACACAAACUGGAGACUUUUUUGGUGAGGUGGAGGGAGCUGUGAUGAACAAAUUGUUAACAAUGGGCUCCUUUAAAAGAAUUACCCUUUAUGACUAUCAAGCCAUGUGCAGGGCCAACAAGGAGAGCAGCGAUGGUGCCCAUGGUCUACUGGAUCCUUAUAAUGCCUUCCUUGCUGCAAUAAAAUGGAUAAUGACAGAACUUGUCUUGUUCCUGGUGGAAUUUAACCUCUGCAGUUGGUGGCACUCAGAUAUGACAGCUAAAGCCCAGAAAUUGAAACAGACCCUGGAGCCUUGUGAUACUGAAUAUCCAGCGUUCGUCUCUGAGCGCACCAUCAAGGAAACCUCAGGGAACAUUGCUUGUGAAGACUGCUCCAAGUCCUUUGUCAUCCAGCAAAUCCCAAGCAGCAAUCUGUUCAUGGUGGUGGUGGACAGUAGCUGCCUCUGUGAGUCUGUGGCCCCCAUCACCAUGGCACCCAUUGAAAUCAGGUAUAACGAAUCCCUUAAGUGUGAACGUUUAAAGGCUCAGAAGAUCAGAAGGCGUCCGGAAUCUUGUCAUGGCUUCCAUCCUGAGGAGAAUGCGAGGGAGUGUGGGGGUGCGCUGAAUCUCCAGGCCAAGAUGGUCCUUAUCCUGCUCCCUCUGCUUUUGAUGCUCUUCUCAAGGUGACACUGAUGGAGAUGUUCUCUUGGCAUGCUAAAGUAUGGAAAAACUGUGAGCCAAAAUAUGGUGCGACAUAGGAGACAUGAAAUGUAGUCCAACCAUCAGCAUCUCAUGAUAUUAAACUGUGCGUGAUAUAAACUCUUAGAGAUAU